UUUGAAUCGACGUGUUUAUACGCUUUUUAAAAUAUUUUAUUCGACGGUAAAAAAUAUCUAUAUUUGUAACAUUGGCAUGUAAAGAAAAUCGAACAAACGAACGAAUUUCAAAAAUAGAAAUGUUUUUAAAAACACUGCCUUUGUUUAUGGCCAUAAUGGCGGCCCUGGCCGCGGCCGAAGACGAUAACCCAGCUGCGGAUCAACUCGUUUUAUUUAAAAAUAGGACUGAGGGACCUAUUGCCAUCAUGACUACCGCUGCAGGAGCACCAAUAGAAUAUCAAUCCACAAUUACAUUGAAUAAACGAUUGCUCUUCAACGAGUUUUUAAUGGACAGUUUGACCCACGUUGUCAGAGAAAGAAUACCAGAACGACUAGUCCACGCUAAAGCCGCAGGAGCAUUCGGGUAUUUUGAAGUAACUCACGAUAUUUCUGACAUAUGCAGGGCGAAGUUAUUCAAAAUGGGCGAGAAGACUCCUAUAGCUGCGAGGUUUUCCCUAGUGAUCUCCGAACGUGGUGGCAGCGACACACAAAGAGAUGUUCGAGGAUUUGCCCUCAAAUUUUAUACUAAAGACGGGAACUUCGACAUUGUUGGCUUCAACACACCCAUGUACGCCUACAAGGAUCCCAUACUCUUCCCUACAUUCGUACGAUCACAGAAAAGAAACCCAGCCACGGACCUACAUGAUCCCAAUAUGUUGUGGGACUACAUAACCAUAAACCCUGAAAGUUUCCACAUGUUUUUACUAUAUUUCAGUGAUCGUGGAAUCCCAGAUGGCUAUCGACAUAUGCCUGGAUUUGGUAUUCACACUUAUCAAGUUGUUAAUAAUCGUAGCGAGAAUCACUUCAUUAGGUUCCAUUUCCUACCAGAUGCUGGCAUCAAAAACAUAUUGUCAGAGGAAGCAAGGCGAAUAGCAGGUUUUGAUACAGACUAUUCAACAAGAGAUUUAUACAAUGCUAUCGAGACUGGAAACUUCCCCAGCUGGACGGCAAGCAUUCAGGUAUUAACUGAGAGUGAUGUCAAAAAUGCAGGAUUCGAUGUGUUUGACGUUACAAAAGUAUUGCCUCAGGAUAAAUACCCUUUGAAACCUUUGGGUCGCUUCGUAUUGAACAGAAAUCCUGUGAAUUACUUUGCCGAAAUUGAACAGUUGGCUUUUAGUCCCGCGAAUUUAGUAGAUGGCAUUUUGGGAGGACCAGAUAAAGUGUUUGAAGCUCGACGUUUGGCCUAUAGAGAUGCUCAGUAUCACCGCUUGGGAGGUAACUUUUUGAGAAUACCCGUAAACUGUCCCAUGCGCCAUAAAGCUUACCCAUACAACCGUGAUGGUGUGCCUCCUCUGAAUGAUAAUUUAGGAGACAUACCUAAUUACUAUCCUAAUUCUUUUAAUGGUCCUGUUCCAUAUGUGGACAACAAUGUUGGUGAACUGAUAGAGAUAUAUCAGGAUGAACCGAACAACUUCGACCAAUCUCGUGAAUUAUACGUGAAUGAAUUGGACGCUGAAGAGAAGAAGAGACUGGUAGAGAACAUAGUGUAUAGCUUGAAGAAUGCAGCCGGAUUUUUGCAAAAACGAGCUAUAAAGAUGUUUAAGCGAAUUCAGCAGGACCUUAGUGAGAGGGUGGAGCGAGCUCUGCGGAACGCGACAAUGAACCCUCACUGUCAUGAUAAUUAAAUCUAUGUUGAACAAACAAUAUAUAAUAUUCAAUAUUAA